UUGUGCAUGGGAACGCAAAAUGGAUUUCUUGGGGGGAAUUUUUCCAGGAUGUUCUCUGCGUUUGAUCAAUAUUUUCAAACAAAUUCCUCUUGUGCUUGAGUUCAUUUUUAGGAUUCCUCGAUUAUUCCCCAAUUGCUCCUGUUUCAUCUGCCAAAAUUUGUGAAAUACAAUCCCAAUUGCCUUUUUUAAGUGAUUUAAAAGAAAAAAAAUAACAAUUUGAAAAGUUAAAAUGAGCGAGUCCGUGAAAAAUUCGUGGCAUCAGCAGCUCAACAUUCCAAGGCGCUUUGAAGUUCCAUACUUAAAUUCGAGAUACGGAGUCGAGAGAGAGGACCUUCAUCCGCAAUAUCGUACGACCAAUUCUGACUACGGUUGGCACAUUCCACCACCGUUGGAUCCACAAAGAUACUUCCCCCUGAAGCAGACCUUCACGUCCCAAUUGUCCAAGAGUGGAAUGUACAGGAACUACUCAUUAAAUACACAACUGGAUGGCAGUUACAUCCAAUGAAGACUUCUUAAACUCUUUAUUUUUCCUCUUCUUUGGAACCCAUUAUUAAGUUUUAACAAUUUUUCACAACACAUAUUUUUUUAGGGUAUGUUAAUUCAUCAUAAACGGAAUAAGAGUUUUCUUUUGUAGUUAUGCAUAUUAUGUAUUGGUUAGGUAAUUUGAUAGGUAUCAUAUGAAUAUUUAGGUAUUUUUUUUUAUACGGAAAAUGUGUUUUCUUUUUAAUUGUUCUCAUUAACGUCGUUUUAAUCAAAAUUCUGCAGAAAUCUUCUGCAGACAUUCACAAAAAAGUUGUCGCAUUAAUAUUAUUUUAUGCAAUGUAUGAGAAAUAUUUCAAUUAAUAUUAAUUUUAUUACUUAUUAUUUGGUAUUAAGUAGUACAAUUUGCAAUAAGCAUAGAUUGGUAACAUUGAGUACAUUAUUUACUUUUUUUGUGUAAAUCUUAUCAAUUACUAAACUUUUCUUUUAUUAACUUUUUCAAGUGCAAUAAUACUUGUUUAUUUUUUUUUUUGUGAAACUCUCUAUGUGACUUGUGAUUCUUUUUUUUUCAACUAUUUCCAAGAUGUGCGCAAAAACCAAAGGAAAACGUAAACAAUGAUAAAUGUUCGUUGUUAUCUUAUUGAAUUUAUUGAUUUAUUCAUUGAUGUUUUAAUUUAUUUGAAAGGAUUUCUUUAUAAAAAUUACUUUUAACGGAAAAGCAAUUUAAAGAAAUUGAACAACAAUACUGAAUAUAUUUUUUUGUAAUUCAUUAUUACGUAAUUCAGUGAAUAUUCUAUAGUUUCACAUUAUAUAUUUCUAAAUAUUUCUUGUAACAGUUUUUAAAUAUUUUUUUUUAUCAAUUUAUCAAAUACUUGUUUGUGUUUUCAAAACAGUUAAUAUUUUCUAUAUAUGGCUUAUUUUAUAUUGUCUCAUAUGAUAUAAUAAUUGCUACGAAAUGGUUUAAGAUUUUUCUGGGAAAUCCUGGGAAUAAACCUUAUUGCUCUUUUUGAAUUUUACCAGAAAAUUCUUAAUCCUAUUUUUUUUACAUCUGGCUCUUUUAUUCUGACAUGUAAUAAAUCUACAUUGAACUAGAAAAUAUAUAGAGGCACAGUUAAAUGAGGAAAAAUGACUGAUAAAUUAUUUCUAAAAAAAAACUUUAAGAGGACAAUUUAUUAUUCUUUUUCCUAAAAAAUUGGUGAGACAAGUUCACAUCAUUCGGUGGUAUCAUUCAGAGACUUGUUUCAAUUUCAAGUUUUCCGAUUUUCUAUUCAGGAAAGCACUCUGUCAUAUCAUUACCUCUCUCUUUGAUUAAAAAAAAAGCCAAAAAUUAAAGCAGACUUUUUGCUACGAGAUUCAAAAACUAAAACAAUCAAAUACGGAUUACUUUUUUCCAUUUUACACCAUUUAAUAUUCGCGCAAUUGCUUCAAUGCCAGGAAGUAUAAUAAGCAUAAUAUUUAUAUCACAAUGAGAAAGAAGCUUUGGGACAAUGUUUCAAAAUCUUUUUAUCCUGCAGAAGUUUAAGAAACUUCGUCCCAAAAGCCUAAUUCUCAGUGUUUAAAAGCGAUUUGCAGAUUUAGCCAACAUUUCAAAAUAUUGUAUUUUCUUUUUUUGUUUCAUCAAUAAGUCCAAUAAUAAAUAUGAUUUUAGGAUGAUA